AGCGCAUAUCCCUUCCAGCCUUCCUCGCCCCGCCGCCCCGUGCGCGCUCCCCGGCCCCCGCUGCCCCUUCAACCAGCUAGGUCUCGCCUCGCGCGCCUCUUCCUGCCCCGCGACCGCGACCGCCUUAGGGUUAGGGUUCCACGCCGAGGCGGCGGAGAUGGGCGUGCCGGCGUUCUACCGGUGGCUGGCGGAGAAGUACCCGAUGGUGGUGGUGGACGUGGUGGAGGAGGAGCCCGUCGAGAUCGAGGGCGUCCGCGUGCCCGUCGACACCUCCAAGCCCAACCCCAACGGCAUCGAGUUCGACAACCUCUACCUCGACAUGAACGGGAUCAUUCACCCCUGCUUCCACCCCGAGGACAGGCCCUCCCCGACGACAUUUGCUGAGGUUUUCCAGUGCAUGUUUGAUUACAUCGAUAGACUCUUCGUCAUGGUUCGUCCUAGGAAACUUAUGUACAUGGCCAUCGAUGGUGUGGCUCCACGUGCUAAGAUGAACCAGCAGCGUUCUAGGAGAUUCAGAGCUGCAAAAGAUGCGUCUGAUGCGGCUGCAGAGGAAGAACGGUUGCGUGAAGAGUUUGAGAGGGAAGGGAGAAGGCUUCCUGCAAAACAGCAAUCACAAACUUGUGAUUCUAAUGUUAUUACUCCAGGAACAGAGUUUAUGGCUGUUCUUUCAGUUGCUUUGCAGUACUACAUCCAUCUCAGAUUGAAUUACGAUCCUGGAUGGAAACAAAUUAAAGUUAUUCUAUCUGAUGCCAAUGUUCCUGGUGAAGGGGAACAUAAAGUAAUGUCGUAUAUUCGUGGUCAGCGGAAUCUCCCCGGAUUUAAUCCAAACACCCGCCAUUGCUUGUACGGCCUGGAUGCAGACCUCAUAAUGUUAGCUUUAGCAACCCAUGAAGUACACUUCUCUAUAUUGAGAGAGGUAGUUUAUACUCCUGGGCAGCAGGACAAAUGUUUCUUAUGUGGUCAGGUGGGACAUCUUGCCGCUAACUGUGAAGGAAAGGCAAAAAGAAAAGCUGGGGAAUAUGAUGAGAAAGGUGAAGCUAUUGUUCCAAAGAAGCCAUACCAGUUCUUGAAUAUCUGGACCCUCCGGGAGUACUUAGAAUACGAGUUCAGAAUGCCAAAUCCUCCUUUCAAGAUUGACUUUGAACGUAUUGUUGAUGAUUUCAUCUUCAUGUGCUUUUUUGUUGGCAAUGAUUUUCUUCCACAUAUGCCAACACUAGAGAUCAGGGAGGGAGCUAUAAAUCUGUUAAUGGCUGUGUACAAGAAAGAAUUUCCUUCAAUGGGCGGCUAUUUGACAGAUUCUUGCACGCCGGAUCUGAACAGAGUUGAACACUUCAUUCAAGCAGUGGGCUCUUACGAGGAUAAAAUAUUUCAGAAAAGGGCUCGUUUGCAUCAGCGUCAAGCGGAAAGAAUAAAACGGGAAAAGGCCCAAGCAAAGCGUGGUGAUGAUCUGGAUCCCCAUGUCAGAGAUGAUCUUAUUGUACCUGUUGCAAAUUUUCGAGGAUCUCGCCUUGCAUCUGGCGCAGUACCAUCACCAUAUGAACAGAAUGGAGCUCAUAGAGAAAGGAACAGCCAACCUCAGAAAGCUGCACGAGUAUCAUCAUCAGGUUCCAGCAUUGCUGCUGCAAUUGUUGAGGCUGAAAAUGAUCUUGAAGCACAGGAGCGUGAUAACAAAGAAGACUUGAAGUCAAGGCUUAAAAAUGCUAUUCGUGAGAAAUCAGAUGUGUUUAAUUCUGAAAAUCCUGAGGAGGACAAGGUAAAGCUUGGAGAACCGGGAUGGAGAGAUAGGUACUAUGAAGAGAAGUUUGGAGCAAGAACAUCUGACCAGAUGGAAGAAAUACGUAGGGAUGUUGCUCUCAAAUAUACUGAAGGUUUGUGUUGGGUAAUGCAUUACUACUAUGAAGGAGUCCGCUCAUGGCAAUGGUUUUACCCUUAUCAUUAUGCGCCUUUUGCUUCGGAUUUAAGGAAUUUGAGUCAGCUCGAUAUAACUUUCCAACUUGGGUCACCAUUCAAGCCAUUUGAUCAGCUUAUGGGAGUUUUCCCUGCUGCAAGUUCUCAUGCACUCCCUCUACAGUACCGGCAGCUGAUGACGGAUCCAAAUUCACCAAUAAUUGACUUUUAUCCAACCGAUUUUGAGGUAGAUAUGAAUGGGAAGAGAUUCUCUUGGCAGGGGAUAGCAAAACUGCCCUUUAUUGAUGAAGAUCGGUUGCUGGCUGAGAUUAAAAAGGUCGAGCAUACUUUGACGCCUGAAGAAGCAAGGAGAAACAGUACCAUGUGCAAUAUGCUUUUUGUGAAUGGCUCCCAUCCACUUUCGCCGUAUAUCUACUCUCUCAACAGCAAAUUUGGGAAUAUGCCAGACAAAGACGGCAAUGAAAUCAAAGAAAAGCUUGAUCCUUCUCCUAGUGGAGGAAUGAAUGGUUACAUUGCACUUUGCGCUGGGGAUCCAUCCCCUCCUGUAUUCAGGUCUCCUGUAGAUGGGCUGGAGGAUAUUAUGGACAAUCAAGUGAUAUGCUCAGUCUACAAGCUUCCAGAUCCUCACAAGCACAUUGCCCGUCCACCUGCUGGUGUUAUCAUACCUAAGAAGAGUGUUGAAGCCGGUGAUCUGAAACCACCACCGGUGUUGUGGCAUGAAGAUAGUGGUAGAAGGCCUCAUGAUAACAACAACCGGAGGCCUUAUGAUAACAACAACUGGAGGCCUCAAGAUAACAACCGGCAAAACCCAGCAGGAGCUCUAUCUGGCCGCCAACUUGGGGAGGCUGCCCAUCGACUUGUUGUAAACAGCUUGAAUGUUCGGGGUGGUGGGCAACACAAUGCCCCGUCUAUGCCAUAUCAAACGAUAAUGAAUGGUACAAACUAUUCAAAUGGAAGGCACCAUAUGGGUAAUCAGGGAGUGCCACCAAGAAUGGAACAGCCUGCUGGACAUUCUGGCUGGCAUGUUCCUAGUGAUAACAUGACCAAUGGUCAAGCAGCAUAUGGUCAUCAGCAUGAAAGGGCAGGGCCUUCUCGGCAUGAAAGAGAUAACCGUGGAAGGCAACACUACCACCCAUAUGCAAGAGAUAACCACCAUGAUUCUAGAGGAAGAGUUCCACCACCACCUGGAUACCAUCAAAACCAUGGCAACUCGCACCCUGCUGCUCCCUCAGCAGGUCCUGGGCGGUACGGGCAACCCCCGCCAGCAUAUGGUGGGGGUUACCAGCCUGCACCAUAUGGAGCACAACAGUGGCAGCAGCGGCCUUAUGGAGGUGGGGCACCUCCCACAAGGCCUAACUCACAGCAAUCACAGAACCGUUAUGGCACCUUAGAUAGAGGUUCUAACAAGAGGCCCUCAAGUCAUGGCCGAUAUUAGUCCCUAACCCUGUAGGGCCUUAUUGAAUAGAGGGGUAAUAGAGUGGAUUUAAAUCCAAACAACCCCUUCAUAGCCCUGUUCUAGUUUUUCUAACCGCCAAGCAAUGCCCCAUCCAAACAAUCCCAUAUACUGUUAUAGCCCUGUUCUUGUUGUUGGUAAAACUUCUCAAGUAUCAUGAAGGACGUCGGCGUAGCCGCCAUAGGCACAAGCUUCUAGGUUGACUUAUUAAGCACUCCAAGGAGCAAAUGUUGUUGUAUAUUAGCAUUGUUAUCAGACCAUCAGCAACUGGUGGCUUCGGCUGUUCUUUCAUUUGUGGUUCAUUUAUUCAGAGUAAGCAUCCUUGGGGAUGCUUAGAUAGAUGAUUUAAAAGUUUUGAACUGUGUUGAUAGUGUUUGUACCAUAAGCUUAUACACUUUUUGAUGGACAUAUCCACAAUCCUAUAUCUGGUUCCUAGAUGGCAGUAAUAAAAGUGUGAUCUCUAUCUCA